AUGAGACAUCAUCUACUCCACAAACACAACAAAUCACACCGUAGAACACCAAUGUCCGACACAAAACUAAAUCUCUUCGUCAAUGAAGACGAAGAUAUGCCGGACGUGCCCCAAGACUUCGCUCCCGCGCCAGAAUCCAAUCAGAUAGACACAGAUAUGGCUGUAGACGAAGAUGAUGAUGAUCCCAUCAUCCACACCGUGCCCAUUUUUCAUAGCAGCGUUGCAUCGAGACAAUCUCAAACUCUUCAUACAUUCCAAUUCCCCGGUCGACCACACAACAGAACGUUUGAGGGACAGCUGCUCGAGGCUCUAGUGAAGCCAAUCAGUAAAGUGGUAGAGCUCAAAGUCCCAAUGGACACACUGAAGUUCUACGAUGAAAGUCGAACACAGGAACUCGGUGCUAGAAUUGACAAGGUUUCGUUGCAGGGUGUGCUUGAUCCCACCAACGAGAACUUGUAUGUUGGAGCCAUUGAUGUCCAGGAUGGAAAAGAGAGGAUUGUGUUAUUUCCUCUCGAUCAAACUGCACAACUCAGAGCGCUGUUCAAAUACAUUGAUGAUGUUGAAGCUGCAAGAACCGCACAAAUUAGAAACGAAAAUGCUGCUUCUGCUCCCAAGCCCAGUGCUGUCCAGGUUCUUCAGACUGCUUCCAAAGCACCCCAAGGAGGUGCCAAUGGGCCCUUGGCUCAUGGUGAAGGUUUGUGUUUGAAGCAUAUUAAGCAAUUUAACGAGGAACUGUGGGAAGCAUUUUCGUGGCAUGAAUCUAGCGAAGACUCGACCAGGGGUCUUACCGAGAAGAUGAACAAGCCUAGUGAAGCUGCUGUGGAAGUCAAGUCGCUGUUUGAUGUGCUCUUGGAGGAAUUGAAAAAGGCCAAUUUGGCUGCAUUGGGUUUGGAUGAGCUUUAG